AUGAUCCCUACUGGAUGCGUCUAUGUAAAGAAAUUCGUUCGAGGCGACGAGGAAAUUUUCGAGAGGACUCUCGUCGAUCGCCCUAUAUCUGACCCGGUCCCUUUUCCGAUUCACAGCAACCCCAAACCACAACAAAUGGAACUCUCACAUUGCAAUGGCUGAAUCCUGGUUCACCUCCAGUGCGAAUGCGCUAAAUGGCUCUGCGGCCAUGGCAGGAAUCGCAGGCGGCAUUCGCAAGCAACGCCGAGAACGCACAACCUUCACGAGGCCUCAACUCGAACUGCUGGAAUCUUUGUUCCUCAAAACUCGUUAUCCGGAUGUGUUCAUGCGCGAAGAAGUCGCGAUGAAGAUAAAUCUCCCGGAAAGUCGCGUCCAGGUCUGGUUCAAGAACCGGAGAGCGAAAAUGCGUCAGCAGAACGCAACGGCGAAGGCUAACGCGUCCGCAGCGGCAAUCGCAUCGAAUUCCGUUUCGUCGUCUUCCUCCUCCUCUUCGUCGUCGUCAUCGUCGCAGUCGAAUUCAGCGCACGCGAAGGAUUCCGUAAUCAAGAAAGAGAAACAAUCAAAACCUCAGCUACAGCAGCAAAAUAUCCACUUCAGUGGCAAUGUCCCGCCGACGAAAAACUGUUCACCUUCUCCCCCUGCGCUUCCCGUGAAUAUCUCAUCGCACGCGAGCAACAUGUAUUCAUUUUGGAACCCAACGCCGGGAGAUUACCCGCGAGCGUAUAAUGGCGCGGUAGAUUUCUAUAAUCAGCACUACCAUAGCGGACAAAGCCCCUAUGCGCCUGUCGCGUACCAAAUGGACUUCGUUCCUUCGCCACCCUACACCCCCCUAACGGCAGAUCGCGGCGUGGACGCGGCGCAUCCAUUUUCACCCGCUUGGUGA